CUCCCUUCACAUCAUGUCCCCCGCUCGCUGGCCACACUCGCUGCAUGCUUUUUAAAUUCCCGUCGCCGGCGGAAUCCAGACGUCGUUUCCUCUCGCCUGCGGGAUGAUGGACAGCAGGAUACUGGAUCCACCGCACACCCAGUUCGGAGGCUCGCUCGGCGGGAUGGUGGGCUUCCCGUACCACCUGAGCCACCAUCACGUUUACGAAUUAGCCGGGCAUCAACUUCAAUCUUCGUCCGCCGUUCCCUUCUCGAUAGACGGAUUACUAAAUGGCUCCUGCGCGGCGUCAGUGGGCAAUUCCAAUCCGCUCUUGUCGUCGGGCUGCGGGAUGAAUGGAGAUAACCACCAGUACAAACUGACAGACUCGGUGGACCCAGACAAAGAUAGUCCAGGCUGCAAGAGGCGAAGAACUCGCACUAAUUUCACUGGUUGGCAGCUGGAGGAAUUAGAAAAGGCUUUUAAUGAGAGUCACUAUCCGGACGUGUUCAUGAGGGAAGCACUGGCUCUGCGGCUGGACCUCAUAGAAUCAAGAGUUCAGGUCUGGUUCCAGAACCGCAGAGCCAAAUGGAGGAAAAAGGAGAACACAAAGAAAGGUCCGGGUCGACCUGCACACAACGCGCACCCCACCACCUGCAGCGGGGAGCCCAUGGCCCCGGAGGAGAUCGCCCGGCGAGAGCUGGAGCGGCUGGAGAAGAAGAAGCGCAAGCAGGAGCGGCGGCUGCUCAAGUCCCAGAACAAGCUCUUGUCUGGGGAUUUAUUUCACACCCCGGGCUCGGACAGCGACAGCGGGGUGUCGCAUGUCACCGACAGUGACCACACCACAGGCCCGCCUUUUGACUCCGUGCCGGACAGCCAGACGCCGUCGAGCUGCGACCACCACACACCUCACUCUCUCCAGACCCAGAACCAGAACCAAAGACACUUGGACGGGGAGGCUGGCGGAUCCGAGCUGGACUCGCCCGAUGCCAGUCACCGGACAAGCCUGAUGUGCUCCAGUAACAGUGAGAGUAACAGCAACAGAGGCUCAGGUCUGCAGAAACUCAACCCUUUUAGCGUCGAAAGCCUCCUGUCGGACUCCAGACCGAGACGCAACCCCGCGGCCUUACCCUCCUCACGGCCUUUGAUAGGGAAAGGACACUUUCUGCUCUAUCCCAUCACACAGCCGCUUGGAUUCAUUGUUCCACAAACUGCUCUGAAAUCAACCACAUCUACGGCUACAAACUGUGGCAGCGACUCAUCGGUGGAGAGGAGCCUGCAGCCCAGCAGCGGCGGCCGCUGCAGCAGCAUCAGCAGCGUCUCUGCGGGAUGUAGGAGCAGCUCGCCGGACUCCGCUGCGCGCAAGGCGCAGGCGGGCUCCGAGGAGCGCGCGAGUUCCCCGUCCUCUUCCAGCAGGGGCAAAGACACUCACACCUCGACCACUUUCACCCACGAACACUGCAGCCCACAAGUCACUAAUCAGCCUGUCGACGUUGACUGUAAAAAAGAGCAUUUAGAGAGCAAGGAGUGUGACAGCAGUCCUGCAGACACAAAGACAGACUCCAGCAAAGAAGAUGUCGACAUGGAAUAAAAACUCUGGGGGUAAAAGAAAAGAAGGAAAGAAAGAAUAAUAAUAAUAACAAUAAUAAUAAUAAUAAUCAGAAACAUUGAUAUAACCUCUAAAAUGACACCUUCCAUUAGGCCAAAGCUUCACCAUGCAGAAUCUACAUCUUUGCAUUUAAAAUUUCACUCUGCUGAAAUUCUCUUUCUCUUUUUGCGAGUGUAUGUGUGUGUGCGUGUGUGUGUGUGUGUGUGUGUGUGAGAGAGAGGAGUCUCUCGAUAUCCUUUAAUGUGUGUGUCAACAACAACAACAGCAGAAAAAAAAUAAUCAUAACAAGACCAUGAGACCAACAAAAAUCCUCAAGAGCUGUAAAAAAAGGGUAUUACACUAUUUAUAUAUGUAAGGUUUUUCUUAAAUAAAUCUAUUGUAUACAAGCA